AAAAUACAUAGGCGAAGCGGCGGGGAAGGAGCUGCGCCUGCCGGACUCUGGGGAGGCUCACCUCUCAGCGGGACAGGAUGUGCUCCAUGGCGCUGGUCGGCUCUGCUUCUCCUUCCUGCAGCAGCGAACGUCUGGAGGCAGCAGGAGCGUCCGGCAGAUAGAGGUUCAGUUUGAAGAGAAGCAGCAGGUCCCAUGGAGGAGGGCGCGGUGAGCCGGGCGCUGGCCGGGUUCAGGGCCACGUUGGACGCCGCCGUCAGGGAGGUCCACGUGGACGUCAGUGCCUUCAAGCAGCAGGUGGAGCACCGCAUGGACGAGCUGUGGGCGUCCAGCCGGCCGCUGAGCGACACCGUGGCCCGGCUGCAGGAGGAGAACCUGCAGCUGCGGACCCGGCUGGACGCCCUGAGCCGCGCCGUGGGGGAGCUGGCCGGGGCCCGCGGCCCAGAGAACGGCCACAAUGAGGCUGGGCCGCCGGACUGGGCCGCACCAGAGCCCGGCUGGGGCGGGUCUGGACACGCUGAGGCGCCGGGACUGGGCAGCGACAACCCGGGUCCGGCUCCCUGGAGACUGAAGAGGCACGCAGACACAAACGGCAUGAAUGCUAAAGGAGGCAGGAGUAACUGUGAAGAAGCCGCGGCUGACCAGGAGAAAGAGACUGAAGCAGGAGUUGCGUCUGAAAGCUGCGAUGAAGCCACGCCCCUUUCUCACCUGGCCUCGGAAACCCUCAGCUCACCUGGUCAGUUCGUGUUUCUUCAUCCUCCUGCUGCAGACCAGGAAGAGUCGGGUCCAUUGACCAAACCGCAUCUUCCUCUCAGUGCAACGACGAAAACCAACUCAGAUGCUCCAGUGAGCGCGCCGUCUCCCACUGCUGUGGCCAAAACCAGCAAGGAAUCCCAGUCUAAACCAGUGGAGUCGGCUGUAAUCAGCGACUCUCAUGAGCCGCAGCCCCACCUGCCUGUCACAGCCAUGACCACCAAACCCGGCCUGGAGGGAUUCCUCGGUGCCAAACCCGUUUACUCUCCGGCUUCAGGGCGGAAAGCCGCAGCAGAUCAUUUAUUUAUCGGAGGCGCGAAGGAUCCGAUCGCCCAGAAUCCCCGGGAUCAGUCCGACUCGGAGGCUUCGUCCCAUCUUCCCAUCGCUGCUGCCACCAGAAUCCCGUCAGACGUUUCCGCGGCGCCUAAAUCCGAUCAGACCGCCGCGUCUCGCCUCAAUCCUACAGCGCAGGAAACGCCAGCGGCGCCGAAGCAAACGGAUCCUCCAGUCAGACACGACGUUAACGAACCCAAACACCACCUGCCGCUUUCCGCCAUCACCAAGCCAAACACAGAGUCGGCCAUUUCUGCUCCGUCUCGGUCUCUGUCAGCAUCACUGGACCUCACAGUGAAACCAGGGGAAUAUCCCUUUAAACGAGUGCCGGUCCUGAAGACGCCCAGUCCCAGUUUAAAACGGAGCGUGAGUUUUCCUCAGCCUGCAGAAAAACUACUUCCCUCCAAAUCCUUCAUGAAGUCCGGACUCUCACCCAAACUGGACCCCAGGUCGAACAAGUCCGGAGGUAUCGAGUUUAAACCGGAGGCGAUGAAAUCCCAAACCCUUCCGCGCUCCAACGGCGCCCAAGCCAAACGGGCCCUGUUUGAGCGGAUGAACUCUGACCCCAUAAAGCCGAAGGACUCCAAGCCCAAACUGAAGCGCUCCCAGAGCCUCGGUGUGUCGAGCGCCAGCGGGAUAAAGCAGAUCCUUCUGGAGUGGUGUCGCUCCAAAACCAUCGGCUACAAGAACAUAGACAUCCAGAACUUCUCCUCCAGCUGGAGCGACGGCAUGGCUUUCUGUGCCCUGGUCCACUCUUUCUUCCCGUUGGAGUUCGACUACAACGUUCUGAAUCCGGCGAACCGCAGACAGAACCUGCAGACGGCCUUCACUAUAGCGGAGCAGCAGGCGGACUGUCUGCGGCUGAUCGAGGUGGACGACAUGCUGGACAUGGGGGACAAGCCGGACCCCAUGUGUGUGUUCACCUACGUCCAGUCGCUCUACAACCACCUGAAGAAGUUUGAGUAGCUCUGGCUAGUUUCACGCAGAGUGAGUGUGUUCACCAGCUAACUGAGUGUGUGUAGGGGUGAGCGUGUGUGUGUGUGUGUAGCGGGUCCUGCGAUCUGAAGAUGGAUACCAGAUGGGAGAGAGGACGUCGCCAUCUGCUGGUGGAGCAAAGGAACGUUGCCCCCCUGUUGUAGUUGAAAUUAGUUGGUUAACCAAGUUAACCAAGCCUUGGUUAACUUGGUUAACCAACUAACCAAGGCUUGUUGGUUAACAACAAGCCAGUAAACACAUUUCUGUAAAUGACUUUUUACAUGAGCUCCUGCUCAGUAAGUACACAUCACAUUAUUGCCAAGCUUGUUCAUUUCAGAAAAGGUUCUUUUUAACAUUUAAAAUCCAUAAACUGGAGCUUAUGUGCUGGAGUCGAAGCCUCA